AUCACCGCUCCUUUGUUCCGCUUGCUUCUCCUCUCCUCCGUUCCGCCAGCCAUGCCCAAGGUCAUCUCGCGCUCGACUGUUGCCUCCUCUCAAGACGCUCGACCCACCGAGUCCAGCACCACUGCGUUACGAGUUUACUACUGCAUCUGUGGCGAGUUCAUUCUCGUCAUCGACAAGGUCCUCUCCGCACUUCCUCGACGCCGAACGGACAAUGCAAUCAUUGUUCGUGCGCAAGACAGCGAGGCAGGGAAGGCGCAUGUGUUCAAGCUGAACGCCGUUCCCGGGGAUUCGCUCAUUAUUGAGAGGCAAGGCGGGGGACACGAGCGGCAGUUUCGUCAGAACUGUCCUCGAUGCACGCUUCCGGUGGCAUACCAGCCGACUCCAGGUCUUGUCAAGUCUUCCGAAUUCUUCUACAUUCUGCCAGGUGCUCUCACCCAGACGCAGGGCCAAGUACCCUCGGACGCUUUCGACGGAGAGGUGCUGACACAGUAGAGCGCGACGAAUCAUCCUUUGAUGGAAACUUUUCCCAUGCGAGCUUCAACAUAGCCAUACUUCCUGUUCGGGCAGGUCUCGUUGCCUCCUCCCGACCUUGGCGUCUUCUGGCGAUCUUUCCAGUAGCGGCCGCAAGCAUGGCACGGUCGAAUCAGCGGUGAUAUGCGCCUUUUCGGUGUCCCCAAUCUUCCCAGCUUGCUGGCUAUGGACGAUGCCCUGCGAGUCAUUCAUUUCCGAGGGUUUUCCCGUUUGAACGGCCAAUUCCCUUUCUUGAAUACCGUUGUCGAUUCUCUCUUCAUCCCCACUCAAGCACGAACAGAUGUCACGAUACGAUGGCGGCU